ACGAUUUAACGAAUUUAAUGAUAAAAUUAACAGGAAGUAUAUAAAGACAGAAAAUCAGUCAUUCAGUGUCAGUCUACUUUAGGCUAAAAAGAAGCAUCAUGAAAUUCGUAAUCGCUUUUGCGCUAUUCGCCGCGGCGUCAGCUAGCAUCAUCCCACCUUCGGUGGUAGCCAGCACCAACCCUGAGGUUCAGGAGAUCCUCGCUGCCAUCCAGAACCCGGCAACGGACCCUGCCACCGCCGCCGCGCUCGAACAGAUGCUCCUUGAAGUCCUCGGCGUCGCCAAGCCAGAGCCCAUCCACGUCGGACCCGCCAUCGUUGACAGUGAGCCUAUUCACGUCGGACCUGCCAUCAUUGACGGCUACGAGCCCAUCCACGUCGGACCCGCCAUUGUUGACAGUGAGCCUAUUCACGUCGGACCUGCCAUCAUUGACGGCUAUGAGCCCAUCCACGUAGGACCCGCUAUCGUCGACAACUACGAACCCAUUCAUGUUGGACCUGCAAUCGUACAACCCUCGCCGGUUGCUUCACCCUCCCCCCUUGUUCAGAUUAUCUUAAACGUGCAGUCGUCAUCUGACGUCGCUAUUGAUUCGGUCCCCUCCCCUGCGCCCACCCCUGUGCAAGUCGUCGACGAAGCCGAGGCUCCGGAGCCCAUCAUCGUGGUUGACAAGCCUGAACCUCUACCUGUCAUCACUCUGCCUGAAACUAUCAAUUAAUUAAUAUGAAAUGUAACAGACCUGAUCACAAAAAUAUGUACUCAUAAUCUAUGUUUUUUACUCUGUGUAUAAUGAAUUAAUAAACUUUUUGCUUCUAA